AUGCCGACGAGCGUGGGCACUGCACCGGAAGCAUGGAUCGGUGACUCGAGACAGUUGCCUACUUUGAUCACCCACUCUCUUUCCCACAAAUUCAUCCGCAAGGUGGCUGAUUACAACCUCUUUCUCUCCUCUCUCCCUCUCUCUCUCUACCCGCCUUUCCUAUGGGUAGAGGAAGAGGAGGGGAAGGAGGCAGUGGUGGCGGUGGUAGUUAGGGGGGCAAGGGAAGGGCAGGAGGAGGAGGAGGAGAACGAGGAGGAGGAGGAGGAGGUAAAAAAUACCUUUCUAAAAAUCAGAUUACCCACUCCUCCUCCGCCUCCACCGCCCAAUCCUCCCGCCUCCCCCUGUUCCACCUCUAGGCAUGCAGGUGGGCGAAGUGGGGCUAAGGCGGUGGUACCCACUGGGUCUUAUCUUGGAUUGGCUACUAUUUAUCUCAAGGGUCUGCUUGCUAGUGGUUCGUCCUUGAUAGUGACCUUGAAUUCUAUGCCGUUGCCUCCGUCGUCUCGAUUGCGGAUUCAUGAAGUUUCAUUCAGUGAACACUGGUGUCGCUUGAAGGGAAACCUUCUGGUAAUUCUUCGAAACGAAGGUGUUCAUUCAACAGACCUCGUCGGCGUAGUUUUUCUGGAACGCUGCUCAGCCAAGCCUGUUACUGAUGCUGACGUUCAACACGCCUUUCAAAUAGAUUUUGAAUGUGGUGAUACUCCACUCCUUUUUGCUGCACGUUCAGCUGAGGAGGCCAAUAUGUGGUGCAACCACAUAAGAAUGGCUGGAUUAUUUGACUUGUCGGCUAGAAGAUUGCAGCUCCGUGAAGAGUUGAGGCAGUUAACUGGGAAGGAUCCUUUGGAUCCACUCAAUCCACUCUUGAGCUUACCCGAAUCCACCUGUUCAGAUGAAUUCAGUGAGGCCGGUCUGGAAUUGCAACUUAGUUUACUUGAUGAGAAUGCCUCAUUUUCGCGGAUUUCGGGGCUCAGUUUUAAAAUAGUCACUUUUUUGGACCAAUCAGGGGAUAAUGACUCCUGGAAAUUAGUUGGAGAGACGGAAAUUCGGACCAAAGAUUGUCCAAAUUUCCUAAAGACAGUGAAACUCCGUUUUGAAAAUGCCUCCAAAACCUCCAUGGUAAAGUUCGACGUUAUGGAGUUUAAAGAUCUGCGUGCUUCUGUGCACCGCGUGGUUGCCAGUGCACAGACGACACUCGACGCCUUGUGCAAUGCCUCCACGUUGAACUUGCCUCUGGUCGCUGAAUCAAAGAGUUCGACCAGGACCUCGGCUACGGACUGCGUUCUAGUUGUACAGGUUUUGAAUCGACGCAGCAACGCAUUGGACUUUGACCAUCUCGACGUUCACAGUCAACAGCUGCGAAAUGUCUGCGAGGACAUUCUCACUCGUAAUUACGUCUUUCCUCACACUCUUGGGGAGAAUAUGCGUGUUGUGGAGUUCAUGGGCGAAUCUCGAUUCUGCUUCCAAUUUCCCAUUGAAUACCUCAAAUCACUGAUCACUCAGGAACAUCUUCUCUAUGAUUCUCUGCUACGCGUUGGCAUGUCUAAUCCGACACUGGAGUGCCUUCGAAAGGAGCGUCUAUUGGGCAUGAAGAAUAUCAUUGAAUUUUAUGAACUCUGUCUUCGAAGCACUGUUGAUCACACCGGUCCGAGUUUUAAACGGAGCACAGAACGAAAGUGUGCGGAGUUGGACUUUGUCCCCACAAACCUUCAUGCCAAUCGAAUUGGCCUUUUGGACUCGGAGAGCAGACUGAUAUUAUUGCACACCUGGGAACGGGCGGAAGAGAGCCUCUGGUGUGAUAUUCUCUCCAAUGCUGCUGCUACAGCUGGCACGGAGACUGCUUCAACGGGAUUGAAUCUGCGUAUUGCCUCUAGUGUAUGGGAUAGCGUUCAUUGUCGACACCAUGCAGUUUUGUGUCAGGCGCUGACGGCAAGUUUGACGGGUUUGGCUUUGGCGGUAACAAACUGGACGCCGGUGGAGUGGAAGCAAAUGGUUCGAUGUGGAGUGCCAUUGCAUUUUGAGGGUCUUUUGAGUUGCUCUGGUGAAGAGAUCUGUAUGUUGGAGAACUGGGCUUGGGCGAUUCAGAGCCUGGGAUUUUGUCAUAUCGUAAUACGGCCAUAUUCCUCCCCCAUGGAGGUUACGAAAAGAGAGACGACAGCAGAGAAGGAGCCAAAGGAACGGAAUGGAGGUGGACAGUGUUUGACACAGGUUCGGAUCCUUCGACACAAUGAAAUUUUGCUAACGAUUCCACGUUCAGCAUGGAAUCGAGUCCCUCCUGAAUGUCAAGCUCGAGGUCGAAUUGUUCUCUCCUUGCAUCCCUUCCACUUCAAUGUGGGCAUCAAUGAGCAGCAGUCCAUCGCGGAACGGCUUGAACGUGUCAGUCUUCAGUCACUCAUCAAUGCCAAUGGACUGACUAGCCUUCGGAUGUACUUCGACAAGUAUACUCGGAAAUUUGGUGCUCCAAGGAAGACACCCACUCAGCAGGACGUCUGCGAUGUCCUAAGCAGUCUACAGUAUGAACUGGAGGCAAAUAAGUCUAAACCGGUAGAGGUGCUUCGCUUAGCAACAGAGGUUUCUUCAGCGCUUAACGCACUUCGUUUUACCUCGUGCAAAUCGGCGAAAGAUCGAACGGGGAUGGCGAUAUCGUUGGAGCAGACCAGAUGGCUAAUGGAGGUGGAAGGAAUGCACAAAGACAGCUUCUCUCCAGCCUUAAAAUGUCUCCGAAGCACGGGUCUUCGAUUGAGCAAUGUAGAGAAGAACAUUAACGUACGGAAGUACUCCUUCACGCGUUUUCAAGUCCUCGCCUUUCCGAAGGCCUAUCGACCACCCGUGGGCACGUAUUCCCUCCAUGUUCCAUCUUGA